AAAAAUUCCUUACUGCAUAUGGUGCAGGGAAACACCUAGUUAUCAACUAAAAGGGUUAUUCAUACCCAUUUUAACGUGUUGUAAUUAGCGAAAAAAUAAGAGUCGAUAAAAGUAAUAUUCUCUAUAAAAUAUACUAAAAAUAUAGUUUUCAAUAUCCACAUAAUUUGAUAUAUAUUGUUGUGUCGGUGAUUAAACCCACCGUUUUUGGGUAACCCGUAUAUAUAUAACAAGCAUAACCUAAUGUGUGGUAUAUGUCAUCUAUAAGCAAGCGUGAAAAAGUGAGAACCCUAACUAAUUUCGCCACCUGUUUCAAACAAUGACGACGAUCUCUGAUCUUUCCAGAGAUUUGAUCGGGGAUAUACUCUCCAAAGUUCCGAUUACAUGUGUUGGAAAAGUAAGAUGCACAUGCAAACAAUGGAAUGCUUCAUCGAGACAUAGGAUAUUUGGUAAAGCAGUAGCUAGGCAGUUUAUGGGGUUCAUGAUGAUGGAUUUUAAGGUUUGUUCAGUUAGAAUCGAUCUCAACGGAAUAGUAAAGGACGAGGAAGGCUCUGGUCCAGUAUCUACAAAACCGAUUGAUAAGCUCAAUAAAAUCGAGAUAUCUAAAGUAUUUCACUGCGACGGCUUGUUGUUAUGCACGACCAGAGACAACACGAGGCUAUUGGUUUGGAACCCGUAUCUAGGGCAAAUGAAGUGGAUCGAGCCCAAAACAGCUUACCACAGAUUGGACAGGUAUGCUCUGGGGUAUGAUACAAACAAGAAAUCCUACAAAAUAUUGAGGUUUGUAGAUGAUGCCUACUGGCCCACACCCCUUUUUGAGUUUGAAAUCUACGAUAUGAACUCUAACUUGUGGAGGGCUCUUGAUGUCACUCCCGACUGGGAUAACGAGUUUUUUCGACCCGGCUUGACAGUAAAGGGAAACACUUACUUUUUUGCUAAACAAAAAAUAAUAUUAGACGAAGGUGAAGCAGACGAAGAUGUAGAUGAUUUCUUGGUCUCUUUUGAUUUUACCAAAGAGAGAUUUGGACCACAUCUGCACGUGCCGUUUCACUCUCGUCUCCACGGAGACACCGUGGUUCUAUCGAGUGUCGGAGAAGAGAAGCUUGCAGCGUUAUAUCAAUGCAUGGAUAUAAAUAUGAUGGAGAUAUGGGUUACGACUAAGAUUGAGCCCCACGCGGUGUCGUGGAGCAAGCUGUACUUCUUAGCAGUUGAUAAGAUGGUCCCUCUCUUAAGUGGAAGUUUCUUCAUUGACGAGGAAAAGAAACUCGCACUGGCUUUCACUUUAGACACACUUGGUCGCUACAAAAGGGCUUACAUCAUUGGAGAGGAUGAGUAUUUUAAACAAGUGGAUCUCGGAGAAGCUGUUGUGAUUCCUGAUGACGACGACUAUCCCUACUGUUUCCCACUCGUAUGCUCUUACGUGCCAAGUUUAGUGCAAAUCAACCAAGGCUUAGUACUAUCGGGAAAGAGGAAAGAACGAUAAGUUACAUUUUUAUAAGUGUCGUGUUUGUUUCCGCAUAUCAUCUCCUCUUUGUUUUCUUUUGCCUUUUGUCAUCUUCAUUGAACAAGACUUAGUCAAUUACUUUUAUUUAUUACUCGUAUUGAAGAAACUCGCACUGGUACCCUAUCCUUUAAUUCUCCAGCCAAUAUUUGAUGGAAAGAGAAAUAGUUAUGAGCUAAUCCGUCCCUUCUCCCCACAGUACCAGUUACCAAAUCAAAACAAAAUAAUGCCUAUAAUUAAAAAAAGUUCGAACGAGUGGAACAAAAAGCGAUCGGAGAUGGGAAUUCAACAAGAGUGUGGCGCUGGAUCUUAAAAGAUAAUAUUGGACGACCGGUUGGUCCACCGAAUGAAAAGGAUCAACAUCUUACGGUUGCUGACCUACUAACUAGAGGAUCCAACGAGUAGAACGUUCCCAAAGUUAAAUCCUUAUUCCCACUGAUCAUCUCAAAGGAAAUUCUCUGCAUCUCUCCGAGCACAUUAGGGGCCAUUGACGAUUUCGUUUAGACACCUACUAAGGACGGAGUCUAUACCACCAAGUCAGGAUAUUUCAUUGCAAUGAAGAACAGAGCAACUCUCGACAAUGAGGCGGAUUCAUUACUCGAGUUGGAAUGGACGAAGAAGGUUUGGGGGACUCCCGAAAGUCAAGCUCUUUAUGUAGAAGUUGGUUGAAGGAGCUCUGGCCCUGGGUUCUAAUUUGGAAAAACGAGGCUGUGAGUGCUGUACCCUGUCCGAGAUGUGGGGAGCAAGAAACCGCUGAGCACCUUAUUCUCCACUGCAAUUUUGCAAAAGAAGUCUGGACAGAAGCUCUUCUGCAUCGUAUGCUUGCAUUCGAUCAAUUCCAAACCCUGAAGGAAGCCUUGAUUGCAGGUAUGAAAUGAAAGCCUUGAUUUGCAUUAAUUUAUAUUUCAAAACUGGAAUCGAAUAUAAAAAUUUCAAAUCACAAGUAAUUCAAAUCUAUAACAAAGAUUUGUAAUCAUUUUUGUUUAUUUUUUACAUGGAAAUGGCCUUCGGAAUUUUAUGAAAUUUCAUAGAAAAUCAAAGAAGAAGCAAAAAAAAACUUAAAUCUGCUCAUCAUCUUCGUGUCCAAUUUAAUUGCUUAGUUAACCUCUAAACAUCUGAGCCCGUUCUCGAUCAUCUGCCACUGCAAUUCUUGAUGCUGACAACGAACAGAAUCCGACCUCAUUAACCCUAUACUGCUUCUGCUUCUGUUGCUGAGAUUGCUUGCAAUGCAAGAUAGCUCCUUGAAUAGAAUUCUCUAUCUCUGAGUUAGAACUCGUACUUCUCUUCAAAAACUGCAAUGGGGAUACCCUAAACUAGUCGAUGACUUUUUGUUCGAACUCUUCGCAGGUUGUCUCCUCAUAGAAAUCGAAAAAGAUCUCCUAUGGCUCGGCUCCCAGGAACAGAACCAUUACUCUUCUUUUUAGGUCUCUCUGCUCGAGAAUACCUCAAAUAGAUCCUUCAUCAGCAACUCUUGACUCAUCAGAACAGCUUGACUUCCCAAAAAUUGAUCUUAGAUAAGCUCUCGAAGAUUUAAUCUUCUUUCCAAAACUCAAUCGUGUGUUCAAUCUCAGUUUCUUGCUCCAAGAUUUCUUCUUCUCAUCCUCCUCCACUGAACUUGAAUAUUCAAGAAAAUAGUCUUUAGGGUUAGGCUCUUUACUCACUUGACAAGAAUCUGCUGGAGAGACGGUGCAAGACUCGAAAGGGGAGUUACUCGUCACUUGAGUAGUAAACGUUCCGGUGGCUAUAAAGGUGUGCUGUAGAAUUCUUGGUCAAAGGUGUAAUCUUCUAGAAGCUUUUGAACCAUUAGGAGACGUGGAGUUAAGUGAAGAGGAAGAAGCUUGCCUUUGUAGAAGAGUUCAUCUGCUGGAAAAGUGGUUUUGUCUAUCUCAAGAGGACAAAGAUGAGAGAUUUGGAACUCAAACUCUCUAGGGUUGUUGUUGUUUUUGUUUUUGAAGAGCUUUGCGUACGAGGUUAGUAAAAGAUGUGACUUCCAUGUCUAUGUAAUCGUCUUCUAGUUUAGCUGCCAUUUUUUUAAUGUGUGUUUCUUCUUUUUGUAUUAUGUUUUAGUGAUUAGUGAUCUGAGUUAAGAGUAGAGGAUGUAUGUUUUAUAUAUGAAAGAGAGAGAGUCAGUGUUAGGUUUUUGAUUUGGUAAAUAUGGACAACUGUGGAGUGUGGACCAAGUCGUGUUUUCAUUUUACUUACAUACAUCUAUGUUGAAAACAAGGAAUUAAUUAACAAUGUAAA